CCCCGCGGCGCCGCCCGCCCCUGCGGCUGCCCCAAGAUGGCGGACCGGCGGCGGCAACGCGCCUCGCAGGACAGCGAGGACGACUCGGACUCGGCCGCCUCCGACAGCGCCGAUUCGGCCGCCAGCGCCGCCCGGUCCCGCUCCCGGUCCCGUUCCGGUUCCGGUUCCCGCUCCGGUUCGGCUUCGCCGCGGCCUCCUCACCGCCAAGCCCGGGGAGCCGCCGGGGCCCUCAGCGCCGGGCCGCGGGGCCGAGGGGCCGAGAGCGCCGCCGGGGGGGCGGCCAAGAGCGAGCCGCAGUCCGAGUGUGAAAGCGAGGACGGCAUCGAAGGGGAUGCCGUGCUCUCGGAUUACGAAAGCGCCGAAGACUCGGAGGCGGAGGAGGAGGAUUACAGCGAGGAAGAAAGCGCCAAAGUGGAAUUGAAGCAGGAGAGCAACGAUUCCUGCGAGUCCGCAGCGAAAGCAGAGAAAGGGGACGAGAAACCCGACGCCAAAGGUGCUGUGACCGGUGAGAGGCAAAGCGGGGACGGGCAGGAGAGCACCGAGCCCGUUGAGAACAAAGUUGGGAAAAAAGCCCCCAAGCACCUGGACGAUGACGAGGACCGCAAGAACCCGGCCUACAUCCCCCGCAAAGGGCUCUUCUUUGAGCACGACCUGCGAGGGCAGACGCAGGAGGAGGAGGUCAGGCCCAAGGGUCGGCAGCGGAAGCUGUGGAAGGACGAGGGCCGCUGGGAGCACGACAAGUUCCGCGAGGACGAGCAGGCCCCCAAGACCAGGCAGGAGCUGAUCGCGCUCUAUGGCUACGACAUCAGGUCGGCCCACAACCCCGACGACAUCAAGCCCAGGAGGAUGCGCAAACCCAGGUUUGGGAGCCCUCCUCAGCGAGACCCCAACUGGUCCGGAGAGAGGCCGAGCAAGCCCCCGAGGCACCAAGGCGCGGACAGCGCUUCGGCUCCCCCGCGCACCUUCACCAGCAGGAGCUCCGCGGGAACGGGGAGGAUGCCCCCACCCAGGAACUACCCGAGGAUGGGGGGCUACAAAGAGACCCGUCCGGGCUACCGAGCCUCAGAAGCCAGCGUGCCGCACCUCUCUCGAAACGGCGAGCAGGCGAAGCAGGAGGCCGGCUACCGAGCGAAGCGCGCCGAGCAGAGCCCGCCGAGGGCCAAGUCCCCGGAGCUGGAAGCGGCGCACGUCCACGGCAGCCCCGGGAAGGAGGAGGCUGCUCUGGAAAACCAGCCCCCGAGCGCCGAGGCUGCGCAGCCGCCGCCGGACAGACCCGUCGAGAAGAAGUCUUACUCCCGGGCGAGGAGGACCAGAGCCAAAGCCGGGGACGCGGGGAAGUCGGCGGAUGAAGCGCCUCCUUCGGAAGGGCUGGCUGCCGUGCCCCCGAAACCCGCGCAAGCCGAGGCGUCCCCCCCGCCAGCCAAGAGCAGCAGCUGGGAGGCGCCGGUGGAAUCCAGCUUGGAUGGACUCGAGCAAGAGCUGACCCAAAUGAACCUCGCGGAGCAGAGCUGGGCUCCGGGGCAGUCGCAGUUCAUCCAGCCCCGGGAGCUGAGGGGCAUUCCCAACCAUAUGCACGUGGGAACGGGGCCACCGCCGCAGUUUAACAGGAUGGAGGAAAUGGCGGUGCAGGGGGGCCGCGUGAAGCGCUACUCGUCGCAGCGGCAGAGACCGCCGGUGCCGGAGCCUGCGCCCCCCAUGCACAUCAGCAUCAUGGAAGGGCACUACUACGACCCACUACAAUUCCAGGGACCAAUCUACACCCACAGCGAGAACCCGGCCCCGCUGCCGCCCCAGGGGAUGAUCGUGCAGCCAGAAAUGCAUCUCCCUCAUCCAGGUUUACACCCCCACCAGACGCCAGCCCCGAUGGCAAACCCCGGCCUUUAUCCUCCGCCGGUCUCCAUGCCCCCGGGCCAGCCCCCGCCGCAGCAGCUGCUUGCACCGACUUACUUCUCCCCGCCUGGAGUCAUGAAUUUUGGGAACCCCGGCUACCCCUACCCCCCGGGAGCGCUGCCCCCGCCGCCCCCUCCCCACCUCUAUUCCAACACGCAGGCGCAGUCCCAGGUGUACGGCGGGGUCACGUACUACAACACUGUCCAGCAGCAAGUGCAGCCCAAGCCUUCUCCGCCGCGAAGGACGUCCCAGCCCGUCACCAUCAAGCCGCCGCCUCCCGAGCUUCUCGUUGCAGGUGGUAAGCAGGGCUCCAGUUAAUUUCUAAAUACUUUAAAUCUAAACCCACGUAAAAACAGGACAGCAAGAGUGAAAAAUCAAAGGAGAGGAGCAACACGUAGGGACGUGGCCGUGGAAAUCCCAGCGCCGGACCUGGCACCGCGGCGAGGAGGAAGCUCCGUCGCGGAGAAGGUUCCUUCCCCGUGCGUAGGUGAGGCGGCGGGAUGAAAUCAGCUGCACCGUCUUCUGCUCAGGGCCAGGCACCUUCCCUCCCCGGUUUUACUGGUGCCCUCCUGAAAUCCAUCUCUCACCGCUGCUCCUCCUUCCCCCCGGGGCACCGAGGUCACCGCAGUACCAGCCGCCGGGGUCGCUCCGCGGCCGCCAGUCUCGCGACUUCUGUCUUUUAGUAAACGUCUGCCCCUUUCCCUUUCCAAGAUGUUAAACUCAACUGCUUGAUCGUGGUCUCCGUUUUUAUUUAAGAGAUGAACCAGCCCCAGUAAA